GAAGUAGUAACGUUUUGUCGCGGAUGAACAAUUAAUAAUGAGGCCGUUAUUAGCGUCCACUGCUGCUACUAUAGGACUACUGGUGACUCUACUCUACUGUGUCCAGGUUUCUGCAGCCACUGCCGGAACUGGUUCUCUGAGAUUCCUAACUCUCUUCUCUCCCACAACUCUCUCCCCCUCCGAUGAUGGAUUUAGUCCAGCCAUCAACAUGGGCAGUGGCUUCAGAUUUGGACCCAGCACUGUCACAAGGGUCUAUGUGAGCAACAAUGGCUAUAUAUUCAUGGGGACUCUUAGUAUAGUUAUUUCUCCAAAUAUACCGGGAACCAGCAACAUAGUGUCACCGUAUGGAGGUGAUAUUGAUACCAGAACGACAGGAAGUGUUCUAUACACCCAAAUCACAACCACUGACUCCCAGAUCAGUUCAGUCAGUAGCUUCAUUCGCUCUCAGACCUCUGCCGGUUCUUUCUUUGGAGCCAGAAUGAUGGUGGCAGAAUGGAACAGUGUACCCGUGUAUAGCAGAAAUUCAUCCAUAACCAGUACGUUCCAAGCAGUUCUCAUCACUGACGGCUAUGACUCCUAUGCCGUGUUCAUCUACCAGUGUGGAGGGAUGGGGUGGGGUGGAGCUACCAUUGGCUGGGCCUACUCUGGCUCUGUCUAUGAGAAGCACAGCCUCAGUGGAUCCAACUCUGCCAGCAUUGGCUGUGAAUACUCAUCCAACGCCAGUGCUGUAAUUCACAAAAUAGAUUCAGAUGGAUGUACAUCGUCACAGUUUGUAUGUGCCAAUGGACGGUGCGUCCCUGAAAAUGUUGUGUGCAAUGGUGUGAACAAUUGUGGAGACAACAGCGACGAGGAACGCAAUUGCGGUUGUACAAAAUCGCAGUUCACCUGUGCCAAUGGUAUGUGUGAGUCUCAGGAUUUUGUAUGUGAUGGAUUUGAUGACUGUGGAGACAACAGUGACGAGGAACAGGACUGCAGUAGUGUGGAUGUUGGACUGGCAGUUGGUCUCUCUUUGGGACUUUUGUUCUUCAUCUGCAUCCUUGGAGCUAUUGGUGGAUUUGUCUUCUAUUGCUCUAGAAAACGACAGCCUCCUCAAACCGGUGCUGCUGAAACAACCUCUGCUACUGGAGUUGCCACAACAGAGAACACUCCAGCGGGUUCCCCCACAUAUCCUCCACGAUCUUCACCGACCAUUUACCCAACUCAAGCUUCUCCCGUGGCUUCCUACCCACCACAGCCGGAUGCUCAGCUUAGUUAUGGAGUGCCGCCCCCUUCUUACGAUGUUCCAACGUCAAAUUAUUAUACAACUGGGGGUUUUCCACAGUCUGGUUUGGUGGCCCCCUAUCCUCCUGAGGAGAUGGCCCCCUACCCUCCUGAGGAGAUGGCCCCCUAUCCUCCUGAGGAGGUGGCUCCCUACCCUCCCCAACAUGAGGUUGCUCCCUAUCCCCCUGAACCUCAGUCUCCUCACUCUGGUGGAUAUCCUCCUCCAUCUCCUCACCAGUCUUACCCUUCCUCGCCCACUGAACGUGCCCGUCGACACGGUAUUGUGCCGAGCACCGUUGCACAGCAAGCUGGAUAUCUCCUUAGUUAAUAUAUUAUUCUAGUCUGAACGUACAUUUGUGUUAUAGAAGAGUAAUCUCCAUCGCUGCUGUAAACUGAGACCGCAGAAUGCACAUGCAGAAGGAAAACACAGCCAAAUUUGUUCUGCAUACUCACAUGCCACCUGUGCUGACGUGCGUGUGUGUGCUCCUACAUUAAUUCAUGGAAUAGCUACUUGGACUCAAAUCCUAUGUGCUUGUCCAUGCA